GGGGCCCGGGCCAGAGCGCCGCCGCUGCCGCAGGAGCAGCCGCUGCUCUGCAGAGCGGGGCCGGGGGCCGGGGUCGGGGCCCCCUGCCGCCCACCUCCUCCCGCCAUGAGUCAGGGAAGUGCGGGCGACUGGGCUCCUGUCGAUGCCACCCCCGAGCCCCCAACGCCCCCCAACCCCUUCGUGCACGAGUUACAUCUCUCCCGGCUCCAGAGGGUUAAGUUCUGCCUCCUGGGGGCACUGCUGGCCCCCAUCCGAGUGUUUCUGGCCUUCAUCGUCCUCUUUCUCCUCUGGCCCUUUGCCUGGCUGCAAGUAGCUGGUCUCACGGAGGAGCAGCUUCAAGAGCCAAUCACGGGAUGGAGGAAGACUGUGUGCCACAACGGGGUGCUGGGCCUGAGCCGCCUCCUCUUCUUCCUACUGGGCUUCCUCCGGAUUCGUGUUCGGGGCCAGCGGGCCUCCCGCCUUCAAGCCCCAGUCCUUGUUGCUGCCCCCCAUUCCACUUUCUUUGACCCCAUUGUCCUGCUGCCCUGUGACCUGCCCAAGGUCGUGUCCAGAGCUGAGAACCUCUCUGUGCCUGUCAUCGGAGCCCUCCUUCGAUUCAACCAAGCCAUCCUAGUCUCCCGCCAUGACCCAGCUUCCCGGCGUAGAGUGGUGGAGGAGGUCCGAAGGCGUGCCACCUCAGGAGGCAAGUGGCCCCAGGUGCUCUUCUUUCCUGAGGGCACCUGUUCCAACAAGAAGGCUUUGCUUAAGUUCAAACCAGGAGCCUUCAUCGCAGGGGUUCCUGUGCAGCCCGUCCUCAUCCGCUAUCCCAACAGUCUGGACACCACCAGCUGGGCGUGGAGGGGCCCUGGCGUACUCAAAGUCCUGUGGCUCACAGCCUCACAGCCCUGCAGCAUCGUGGAUGUGGAGUUCCUCCCUGUGUAUCACCCCAGCCCGGAGGAGAGCAGGGACCCCACCCUCUAUGCUAACAAUGUCCAGAGGGUCAUGGCACAGGCCCUGGGCAUUCCAGCCACCGAGUGUGAGUUCGUAGGGAGCUUGCCUGUGAUUGUGGUGGGCCGGCUGAAGGUGGCAUUGGAACCACAGCUCUGGGAGCUGGGAAGAGUGCUUCGCAAGGCUGGGCUGUCCCCCGGCUGUGUGGACGCGGGGGCAGAGCCAGGCCGGAGCCGAAUGAUCAACCAGGAGGAGUUUGCCAGGCAGCUGCAGCUCUCUGACCCCCAGACGGUGGCUGGUGCCUUCCGCUAUUUCCAGCAGGAUGCCCAGGGUUUGGUGGACUUCCGAGAUGUGGCACUGGCACUGGCAGCUCUGGAUGGGGGCAGGAGCCUGGAGGAGCUGACUCGCCUGGCAUUUGAGCUGUUUGCUGAAGAGCAGGCAGAGGGGCCCGGCCGCCUGCUGUACCAAGAUGGCUUCAGCACCAUCCUGCACCUGCUACUGGGUUCACCCCGCCCUGCUGCCACGACUUUGCAUGCUGAGCUAUGCCGGGCAGGACCCAGCCAAGGCUUAUCCCUCUGUCAGUUCCAGAACUUCUCCCUCCACGACCCACUCUAUGGAAAGCUCUUCAGCACUUACCUGCGGCCCCCACACACCCCUCGAGGCCCCUCCCAGAUGCAAAAUGCCUCGUCCCCUGGCAGCCCCAGUGCUCUGGCCAACGGCACUGUACAGGCGCCCAAGCAGAAGGGCGACUGAGCACCUCAGCCCCAGCCCCACCCCCGCGGCUUGAAUCCGGCCCCACAGACUCAGGGCAGCGCCAGGAGCCUACCCCAUGCCUCAACCCCAUCUCUGCUCCUUUUUGAGUUUCAUUGUUGAUGUUUGUUUGUUUAAGUUGAUUUUGAUUUUUGUUUUGGUUUUUUUUGUAAGAAACUAUUUUAUAUAUAAAUAUAAAUCUAUAUCUAUAUCUAUUAAAAAAAAAACGAAGCU